AUGGUGCUUGACUAUAGCAAGUGGGAUCAACUGGAGCUAUCCGACGACUCGGACAUCGAGGUUCACCCGAACGUCGACAAGCGCUCGUUCAUCCGGGCCAAGCAGGCCCAGAUUCACCAACAACGUGAGCAGCGCCGUCACGAUAUUAAGACCCUAAAGUACGAGCGCAUUAUCAACGAUGGCCUUCUGUCGCGCAUCGACAGGCUCCUUGAGUCCUUAAAGAAGCACGAGGAUUCCUCUGCUUCGCCCGAUGAGUUUAUCUUCGGAACCAUCAUGGAAUUCGCCAGCAACCCCUCCGAGGAUCAAGCCCCGCCGCCGCCGGAAGGAGUCCAUACACACGAGAAGGAACAACCAAAGUACUCGCAGAUGAUGGGAUCGCUUGUAGACCAAGUGAAGAAGGAAUUCGAAGACUCUAAGCCUGACAACCUCUUCAAGGCGUACAUCCAAGGCGUGGAGGGACACAAGAUCAAGGUGCAAGGACUGCAGAAGGAAUUGUUGACCAAGCUUGCCCAGCUUGAGAAGGAAGAGGGCAGCAAGAUUACCAGCGAUGGGCUGCAUGAGGGCUUUAACACCUCUCAUGUUGCCAAGGUUGCCGAGCAGCAGAAGGCCUCCGGGUCAGGAAAACAAACGGAUGUUGAGCUGCUGAACCCGAGCUCCUCAGGCCAGGCCUCCAGCAGCGCGGCCGAAAAUGACGACGAUGACGACCCUGCCAACGUGGAGAUCAGCGCCCUGGCUAAGAAAUUUGCGGCCCUGAAGCCGAACGAUUACGGCUCUUAUCUGCAGUUCAUCUCCGAGAACCCUCAAAUCGUUGCCGAGAAGGAGACAGACGGUCUUCUUGUUGAGGCAUUCAAUCGCCAGAUGAAGGGCGAUGAGGCUUAUGCCCGCCAGUGUGUCCACCAGGGCCUGCUUUUGCAGUACUGCCGUUCUCUCGGUCCUGACGGCAUCAAGCUCUUCUUCUCUCGUAUUACCACCAAAGAUCACCGUGCAGCCACUCUGUUCACCAACGAUGUCAAUGAGACCUACGGUCGAAUCAAGACCCGGUCAGCGGAACUCAGCAAAGAGUCCUCUAACGACCCCGCUGGCGUAGAGCAGAUCCAACUGCACGCCACUGACCCGAACACCAAGAUCACUAUCAACACCCCAGCCGCCAACAGCCAGGAUCCCGCAGAGAUUGAGGCACGCAAGCUCUACGAUGCUUUCCCUGCGGAUCUCCAGAAGGCUUUGGCCAGUGAAUCUCUGGACGAAGUAAACAAGGUUCUGGGCAGGAUGUCUGUUGAGGAGGCAGAGGUUAUUGUUGAGCAGCUGGGCAAUGGUGGUAUGUUGAGUUUGGAGGAAGGUAUCAUCGAUGGUACUACCGAGGAAGGACAGAAGAGGCUGAAGGAGAUUGAGGAGGAGAGUAAGCAAGAGAUCGGUGAGCCUGGUGGUGAUGUUACGGAGUUGGAUUGA